CAACAUUUUGCCUAGUCACACUUUUCGAUAGGUCACCAAUUUCGGCACAGCACUUGACAAAAUGGAUAAAGGAGCGGGUCUCCGUCCUGUUAUUUUGUUUAUUGCUCUUGUGUCGUUCUGUGAGGCCCGUGUGGUGAAGGUUCCAGUCGGUCCUCUUGUGCACGUAGAGGGGCAAGCUGUCUCCAUUCGCUGUGAUGUGUCCGACUACGAAGGACCCCGAGAUCAGGAUUUUGAGUGGUAUUUGGUCUUCGCCGAUAAAACGCUCCAGCUCACCUCCACCUUUGAAGUGAAUUUUGCAGACCCUUCAGUGAGGGACUGGCUUAACAGUGGUGACAUCAGUCAUCAUAAGCUGGGAGAUGCUGCUGUUGAACUCAAAUUCAAGAAGGUCAGAGCAACAGACAGUGGCGUGUAUCGCUGCAGUACCACGAGCACUGAUUCGGUCAAGGGGAACUAUCAUGCCGAUGUGGAGCUCAAAGUGAUCGGGGACAGUCUGAAGGUGGCUCCAGCCAUUCCUAAGUCAGCGGUGAAUGAGGGAGAAUCAGUGGAACUUCAGUGCAACGCGACACGGGGCUUCACAGAGCACACCUUCCUCUCCGUUACCUGGUCUGUCAGGAAAGGGAGCAGCCCGUUGGAGGAAAUCUUGACAUUUGGGCCGGAUGAUAAGAUCAAAGUCGGGCACAACUACACCCAGCGUUACACAGAUGCUGGACUUCAGCUGGACCUUCGUGGAGGUGGUUUUUAUGGACUGGUCCUGAAAAAUGCAAAGCCAUCAGACCAAGGGGAGUAUGUGUGUACGGCCCAGGAGUGGGUGAGGCAGGGUGAAGAAGGAAGAAACUGGCGUAAGAUUCUGGAGAAGUCUGAGGAAAUGGGAAAGGUUGUGGUGACGCCCGCAGAGUUGCAAUUCAAGGUGACCCUUACAGCCCCUCUGAACCCUCAGUCCACCAGCGAGCCCACUGAACUGCGCUGUGAAGUAGGUGACCUCCUCCACCUCCGAGAUGGCCGCCUGGGUGUGACCUGGUCCUACUCUACAAACGCACCUGGAGAUGUAUCUCAGAAGAAAAUCACUGUAGCCUCCCUGAAUGAGCAAGGAGCUCUAAUUGCAGGCAGUGAGUACCAGAAGAGGAUGGACAGUGGGGAAAUAGCAGUGACCAGGAAAGAGUCUAACGUCUUCGUUCUACGAAUACUUCAGACUCAAGAUGCAGACAUGGGCUCUUAUUCUUGUGCAGUAACAGCAUGGAAACCCACUUCACAAAGUGGAUGGGAAAAAGCAAAGGAGGUCCAGUCAACUCCUGUCACUGUACAGUGGACACCAAAGAUACCAGUUUUGCAAGUCUUAGCCCAUCGUGUAAGAGAAGCUUCGACCGGUGGAUCAACAUUUGAGAUGAGCUGUCGGGUGACUGGUCAGAACCUGAAGAAUCCCGGCUACUCUGUGCUCAUCCGCUUUGAGGAGACCAUCGGAGGCAAGUCCCGCAAAGUGUUGUCACUCAGCCAGGACUCAGUGUUGCAGCUAGAGGAGUGGAGCGAGCCAAGCCGCAUUGACAGCGUGGUUCUGGAGAAGACCGGGCAGCUCGAGUACCGCUUCCGUUUGUAUGGGGCCCAGGUCACAGAUCGUGGGUUCUACUAUUGCGACGUCGCGGCCUGGACACGAGAUCAGAGCCAAGACUGGAUCAAAGCCGUCAGUGCGGAGUCCAACAAGAUUGAGAUCGCCUUUGUACACAAAGGUCCAGUAUUCAACAUAUCCAUUCGUUCAGAAGCAAACAAUGUGAUACCAGGGGACAUGGUUCAAAUGAAGUGCAUCAUAUCCAUCUUGGACGCUUCUCCUAACACUGGUGAUAUGGCAUUUGAUGUUCGCUGGUUCCAGAACACAAACAUGGCUGUGGAUAACGGAGUCCAGCCUCUCAUCACUAUGGACCGCUGGGGAGUGGUGAAGAAGACCGGCUCCAAUGACACCAGUCUAGAGCGCACCGACCACCACACGUUUGUCCUGACCUUGCACAAGGUUCAGGAGAGAGAUGUGGGAGAAUACCACUGUACUGCCACACCCUGGCUCCUGUCCCCUGCUACUGGAACCUGGAACAAAGAGAAGGACCUCACCUCCGCUUCAUCAUUUCUAUCCGUCAAAAUAGAAUUAUGGGAAUCUUUGAAGAUGCCAGUGGGAUAUGGUUUGGCUGCUGCUGUGAUUGCUGGUAUUCUGUCACUGCUGCUGGGUCUUGCUGUCGCCCACUGCUGUUUCUCCAGGAACCCCAUGCACACGCCCCGUCCUCGUAACAAGCUUAUGGAUCUGGACAUGGAUUAAACUAGUCCACCUUUGCACCUCUGUGAUCCUGCCCAAAACCACUUCAACUGACUAUGCUUUGGGACAGAAUGCGGAUAUGCACAUUGCUUAACAAGAGAUGGAAAACCUGUUUAUAUGCACUCCGAGGAUCGAGCCACUCCAACUGACUACUCCAUAUUCCCACUUGGGCGCAAUAAACUUAUUAUUCUCAGGAAUAGAGCACUGACUGCCCCAUCCAAUGUUUUUUUUUUUUUCUUUAACAUGCAGCGCAUCCUGACUGCUGAUAGGAUAAGCACCAGGAAUUGAAUCUUUUGUUUAGCACAAACUUGAGACUUCGCAGUGGCCAAACCAGCAAUAUUACAGUUUGUACAGCUGACGGUGAUGAUCUUACAGCAACUAAUAGGAAGGACUCUAGCAAAAGAGCCAAGAACCUGUCAGUUAUGAGUGUGACAGAAACUUCUAUUUUAGACUGACCUUUUAAACUGCUGCCAUCCCGGAGGCUUUGUUUGUCACAUCGUCUGCGGACGUCCGUCGUGCCCCCCUGCCCUGCCUGCCUGUCAGAGUUAUGCUGCCAACAGUGGGGAACCUAAAAUGACUGACCUUUCCUCUCUGCGGUAAAGCGUAUUGUUGACUCACAGUCUAAAGGAAAUAUGGCUGAUUGAUGGGUGCUUUAAGGCUGCACUGCAUCAUUGUGGGGUCCAGAAGUGACCACUUGAGGGAAUGGACCCAACAGGCUGUCAAUCGGUGACUUGGCUUGUCUGGCUAGAGCAAUUUUGAAGGCCCUGCUAAGUGAUGAUCCACACUGUUGGCAUUAACUCAUUCCUCACUUUCUCUUUCCUGCCCACAACCAUUGACAAAUGCCAAUAUACAUCUCGGUUUCCCAAAUGUGCAUUGUUGUCUUGUCAGAAUGCACUCAUUACGCUGGUACUGACACAACUGACCCACACUGACAUGAUUGUAGUAGAUUCUUUACAGAUGUACAAAUGCUCUUUUUAUCUGCCAUGUGGUCAGUAUUUUUUGAGAAGGGAAGCUGUUAUGUGCGAGAUGCGGUUUCACUGUAUCUCAGAGUGAGUGAGUUAUUAAGAGCCACAUUUAUAGACAAAUGUCAAAAGGAAUUUCACCAAGAUGCUUUGCUUUACUUCAUUUAUGGAUAUUAUUAAAUAAAUGUGUUUUUUGUUUUGUUUUAUUGUUUUAAAGAAUUGUUUUUUAUUUUUAGUUGUGUGAAAUUUUAUGCGCUUUUACCAUCUCUCUCUCUCGUGUUUUUUUUAAGAGGCAAUAAGUAUUUUCUUUUUGUUUUGCUGUUCAUUGACUGACUCACUCUAGUUCACAAUGACAAACCAACAAAAAAUUAUUUCUCAAUAAAAAAAGUAUAACACUG